UCACCCCGAAAAUUGCGUUCAGUCGACAACGGCACGCGGAAGAUGGAAGUCAAUCUUCUCUAUUUGAGCGCUUUCGUCGCGAUUCUGGCCGCUCUCUAUCAUCUACUAACGAAAAACAAUGGCUACUUCCACGAGAAACCGAUCCCCUCGCUGGUCGUCAAACCUCUUCUCGGAAGUGUAGGCGACAUGAUAUUUCAGCGAGUUCCGAUCGGUGAGUUCGUCCAAACGAUCUACAACAAGUUCCCGAAUGUAAAAGUGUUCGGCAUCUUCGAUUUGAUGACACCCGUGUAUGUUAUCCGCGAUCCGGAGCUGAUCAAGAAGCUCGGCGUGAAGGACUUUGAUCAUUUUGUAGAUCAUCUUCCGGUGUUUGGAAACUCGCAGUACGAUCAUCCGAAUCUAUUGAGUGGUAAGACGCUUUUCUCGCUGACGGGACAGCGCUGGAGGACGAUGCGGGCUACACUGAGUCCGGCCUUCACUGGAAGCAAGAUGCGACAGAUGUUUGAACUGAUCCUGGAGUGUUCGGAGCAAUCAGUGCGGUACUACGAAGAAAACACACGAUCGACGGGAUCGCAGGUGUACGAAAUGAAGGACGUGUUCUCAAGGUUCACGACCGAUGUGAUCGCAACGUGUGCGUUUGGAAUUCAGGUUGAUUCGUCCCGCGAUCGGAACAAUGAGUUCUUCGUCAACGCAAAGAAAAUGAUGGAUUUCGGUAGGCCUUCUGCUAUAAUCAGGUUCAUGGGACACAGAUUGUGUCCGGCGUUGAUGGCUUACUUGGGGUGUGACGUUCUUGAUGAGGAGCAGAAUACCUACUUCAAAAAGUUGAUCUUGGGUGCGAUCAAGGAACGGGAAAAGCUAGGAAUCGUUCGGCCGGACAUGGUGAACCUUUUGAUGCAGGCAAGGAAAGGAACUCUGAAACAUCAACAGGAGAAAGAACAACAACAGGAAGGAUUCGCUACGGUUCAGGAGUCGGAAGUGGGUAAAGCACAAGGUGCUUCAACGAUGACGGACGUAGAAUUGGUCGCACAGUGCUUGAUCUUCCUACUGGCUGGAUUCGACACUGUAUCGACAACGCUUCUCUAUGCUUCAUUCGAGCUGGCAGUCAACCCGGACGUACAGCAGAAGUUGUACGAAGAAAUCCUAGAAACUCGAUCCUCCUUAGACGGGAAGUCGCUAACGUACGAUGCGAUACAGAAGAUGAAUUACAUGGACAUGGUGAUAUCGGAAGUGCUUCGCAUGUGGCCGCCAGCUCCCUCAAUUGAUCGCGAAUGCAUCAAGGACUACCAACUGGACGAAGGAAAUGGACUGAAGUACACCGUGGAGAAGGGAACGGCCCUGUGGUUCCCGAUCCAUGCACUGCAUCAUGAUCACAAGUACUUCCCGGAGCCGGAGAAGUUCGAUCCGGAGCGAUUCAGCGAUGAACGCAAAGGAAGCAUCAACACGGGCGCCUACAUACCGUUCGGAAUCGGUCCGAGGAACUGUAUCGGAUCGAGGUUCGCCCUAGCCGAGGUGAAAACCAUUCUGUACUACAUGUUGGGUAGUUUCUCGUUCGACAAGUGUAGCAAGACCGAAAUGCCACCGUUUCCGACCAAGGCAUUCGACAUUAUUCCGAAGAAUGGAAUGCAUAUCGAAUUUAGACCUAGAGCGAAUUUAGAUUAGUAAUAGAAAUAGACG